UACGGAGUAAUACCAAACAAAGAGAUAGAACCACCAAAACCGUUGUGGCUCAAAUUCUUACACGAUCAACAAAGAAGACGCAUCGCACGUCUUCAUUUUCCCACGAAAUUUAUACACAAAAGUAGAACAAAAAAAAGUUUGAAGCUUGGUUUGGAAUCGCAGAGCAUCAAUGGAGGUUUUCAGAGCCACAAAUCCUUUGUCUUGGACUACCUCUAUCUCUAAACUCCCCUCUUUUCACUUCUCCCCUAAUUCCCAGGGUUUCGAGAACAGGAGAUUUAGUUUGUGGUGUCUCAGCAAAGAAAAUGAGUUUGACCCGUCUUCCAAGGGCAAUCAGAUGGUUGUAUCAAUAACUGGGGCUACUGGGUUUGUUGGCCAGCGAUUGGUUCAAAGAUUACAUGCAGAUAAACAUCAAGUUCGUGUCUUGACGCGAUCCAGGUCUAAGGCUCAGCUAAUAUUUCCCGUCAAUAAGUUCCCAGGCAUUGUGGUUGCAGAGGAACCAGAGUGGAAAGACAGCAUACGAGGUUCAACUGCUGUUGUAAAUCUGGCGGGAACACCUAUAAGUACAAGGUGGUCAUCAGAGAUUAAGAAUGAUAUCAUGAAAAGCAGGAUCAAGGUCACUUCUAAGGUUGUUGAUUUAAUAAAUGACUUGCAACCUGAUACCAGGCCUUCUGUUCUGGUCAGUGCAACAGCGGUUGGUUAUUAUGGCACAAGUGAGACACGGGUUUUUGAUGAGAGAAGUCCAUCAGGAAACGAUUACUUGGCUCAGGUUUGUAAAGAAUGGGAAGCCUCGGCGCUGAAAGUCAACAAGGAUGUAAGGCUAGUACGUGUUCGCAUCGGCGUGGUUCUUGGAAAAGAUGGAGGUGCUCUAGCCAAGAUGAUCCCCCUGUUCAUGAUGUUUGCUGGUGGACCUAUAGGGACUGGAAAACAAUGGUUUUCCUGGAUCCAUUUGGAUGACAUUGUGAAUCUGAUAUAUGAAGCUCUAUUAAAUCCAGCUUAUGAAGGUGUUAUCAAUGGAACUGCUCCAAACCCUGUUACACUAGGAGAGAUGUGUCAAAAUCUUGGAAAUGCGAUGGGCAGGCCCUCGUGGUUGCCGGUACCAGACUUCGCACUCAAGGCAGUUCUUGGAGAAGGAGCUAUUGUAGUUUUGGAAGGGCAGAAGGUACUUCCAACGAGAGCCAAGGAAUUAGGCUUCUCAUUCAAGUUUCCCUACAUAAAGGAUGCUCUGAAAGCUAUAUUAUCAUCAUAAAAUUGCAAAAUGUUCUUUAGAAAAAUGGUCAUUCUUUUAAUUAUUUCUUUGGUCAAUAGGCAAGACCCAGGCAAAGAAAUGGGUUUCUGUUAUGUUUUCCGAUGGAUAAAUACUCUGGCAUAGUGGUCUCUGAACAGAAUUAGGCAAGAUUUUUGUGUAUGUUUGAGGCAAACUUCUUUUGCGAGUAAUUGAAGGAAACCCGCUGAGCAGCAGAAGAAAUUUACAA